AUGGACAAAAUUGCUGAAAGAGCAGUGAUUCAAUAUGUUCAUAGGAAAAGUCUAGCACCUAAGGAUAUACAUACUGCAACACUAGGGAAUGAUGUCCCUUCAUAUGCUAUAGUGAAAAGGUGUACUGAUGGACUGACCACAUUGGGUAUUGGUGGUACAACUGAUGGACUGACCACAUUAGAUAUUGGUGGUACAAGUGAUGGACUGACCACAUUAGAUAUUGGUGGUACAAGUGAUGGACUGACCACAUUGGAUAUUGGUGGUACAAUAGUAGCCGAUGGACUGACCACAUUGGAUAUUGGUGGUACAGCUAAUGGACUGACCACAUUAGAUAUUGGUGGUACAGCUAAUGGACUGACCACAUUAGAUAUUGGUGGUACAAGUGAUGGACUGACCACAUUAGAUAUUGGUGGUACAAGUGAUGGACUGACCACAUUGGAUAUUGGUGGUACAAGUGAUGGACUGACCACAUUGGAUAUUGGUGGUACAAUAGUAGCCGAUGGACUGACCACAUUAGAUAUUGGUAGUACGAGUGGUGGUACAAGUGAUGGACUGACCACAUUAGAUAUUGAUGGUACAAUAGUAGCCGAUUGA